CGUCAAUUUUCAGCCACAUCACAUAAAACAACGCCAUGUACAUGGCAGCUACGCAAUCAUGAGUGGCAAAGUAACUUUUCCAGUGUUCUCCUUGACAUUAGAGGAGGUCGAUGAGCUGACUGUGGAAACGACGGUCCGAGAGAGUGACUCGUCGCGUGUCGAGACAGAUAACUCUAUAGCACAGCAGGACAGAGAUCUGUUCAUGCCUACGGCUGGUAAUACUGUGGGAUUGAGUUGUGCCCUGUGUGGGAUUGUCGAGUUCGAAGAUGUGGAGCAACAACGAGAGCAUUUUAAGCUAGACUGGCACCGUGUGAAUGUAAAGCGUCGGUUGAAGGGUCUAGAAUACGUCACGGAGGAGAAGUUCGAGGCCACAUUGGACGACCUCUCCAGUAUAUCUGGAUCGGGUUCUGAUACAGAUGACGAUGUCGUGGAGAUUGACGGCGGUGGGAAUUCUGCAUGCGUGGGAACUAACAACACACUCGCCCGACCUGCGAAAAAAUCAGGUGUUGUACUGGCCAAUGAAGGCAAAUGGGUUAUAACACGAUUCUACACGCCUAGAGAGACAUCGUAUAGCGUCUAUACACCCCUGUUGACAAUCAAGACAAAGGGUGAGGCUACUCAGAAGGAGUUGCUGGACGGCUUAAGAGCACUUGCCAAACAGCCAGGACGAUCACUCGCACACGCACCGUCUGAUACACCUGACACAGUACUUUACAAGCCCACCAACCAGACAUGGGCUGUGCUACUGUGCUCGGGGGGCCAUUUUGCAGCGGGUGUAUUCGAUGCUCUCCACUUACGUGUGCACAAGUCAUUCCAUCGCUAUGUUGUGCGUAAAAAGCAAGGUGGAAUGCAGUCUGUGCGUGAUGGUACAUCGGGAACGUCUGCGCCAAAGUCAGCGGGAGCGAACCUGCGGCGACAGCAAGAGGCAAUGUUGCAGGAAGAUGUGUGCACUCUAUUAACCGACACAUGGAAGGAGUGUAUAGCGGAGUGCUCUCUUGUGUUUGUGUGGGCUCCGAAUGCGAAUGAAAAGUUUAUAUAUGGAUCGGGGGGCAAGGUGAGUGCGAAGUGUCUGAAGAAGUCUGAUCCACGAGUACGAAGGGUUCCCUUUCGUGUGCGUAGGCCCACGCUGGCGGAGACAAAGCGUGUGCACAAGAGUUUAUGCACUGUAGUGCAGACUGUGGUGGAAAAGACUAAUAGCAUGGACGGUAGUACAGCUGGUACGACGCCCAAUGGGAAUCAUCAGUCACUCACAGCGCAGGACCUUCGUCUGCUGGAAAAUGAAACCAAAACAAUCUCACUGAGUGCAGCGAGUAAUUCACCCGGCAAUGGUUCCUCCACAGCCGCCACAUCCAUGAUUGCACACGAUAGCAUGAGCUUAAUGAGUCACACUUCAUCGUUUGGCAGUCCUAUGGUGUCUGCAUCACCGUUUCUGCUGGGUAUCGAUUUGGAUAUCCGGAAAGAGCUAUCAAAGGAGCACGUACAACUAUUCCAGGUGUGUGAGAAGGGCGAAAUGAAAGAGUUAGAAAUACUCCUUCGGGAAGAGAGUGCGAAUCAAAAUGAAAUCCAAGAUUUCGAUCUGAAUACUGUAGACCUCGACUUCAACACUUGCUUACAUUUAGCAAGUAAAGGAUCGCACCCAAAUAUUGUAUGGACAUUACUGCAGAAUGGCGCAGAUCCCACUGUACAGAACGCACGAGGGUCUACUGCAUACAUGCUGGCAAAGGAUAAGGCCACCCGCGAUAUGUUCAGAAGGUUCAUGGCUCUGGACGAGACGAGGUGGGACUAUAAUAAGGCAGGCGUGCCCAGUGCGCUGACUGAAGAUAUGGAGACUGCACAGGCAGAGAAGGAGCAGAUUAAGAAAGCAAAGCAAAGAGAGAAGAAGAAACAGUUGGCGAAGAAGAAGAAGGAGCGCGACAGAGAGAAGGCUCUUUCAAAGGAGGCUGCCGACAAGGCUCAGGAAGAGCAGGACAGAAUAGAGGCUGCGAAAGAUGCCGAACGGAAAAGGAUAGCCAAUCUCAGCGACCGCGAGAGGCGUGCGUUGGCGGCGGAGGCAAGGAUGAAGAAAGCCCCAGGCCAAAGUGCAGGGGGUAUUCCGACGGGCGAGACGUGCUCGAAUGACCAUUGCAAUACUGCGCUGAUGCGGGGAUCAGAGUAUGAGCGUCUGAAGUAUAAGUACUGCAGUGUCACGUGUGUUUCAGAGCAUCGUAAAAAGUUAGAGGCCUAGACAAGCGCAUGGGCUGCUCCCGGUGUACUCGAGGGGUGGUUCAAACCUUUGUUGCGAUGGCAUGGGAUGGUGGUAUUUUCGAAGCUCAGUCUUGAUGCUGGCUAAGAGAUGGUUCUAUUAGUCUGAAGUCGUAUGUAGUAUGGUUAAGCUGUGUGUGAAACUUGGCUUGUCUCGCCAUCUUGCCAACUCCGCCACACAUUAUUUUGCUGAGAGUAAUCCAAUUAAAGAAUGUAAAAUAUUCUCGCGUGCAGGCGAGAUGUUUUAAUAUAGCGAUUAUUUGAAUCAGGCAGAAGUUUCAGUAGUAUGGUGAUGCCUUGCAAGGGAAGGCAUCAAGGGUAUUAAAUGUUGACCAUAACACUCGAGACUGGCGUUAAGGCUUACCAAAGCAGUUUAACGCUCAUUUAUAGAUUGCAUCGAAUAAUCCUCUGGGACUUUACAAUUCCUUUCUCGCCUGCUCCAUAGUCUUCGUAUCGGUUGCAGGCGACUUACUGAUUGCUUUAACAUUUUUGAAAUGACCUGCGGAAUUGGACCAUGCGUGCGUAAUUAACUGUGCAGCUCUCAAAACUUCGAAGUCCGUUGUGUCCCGACUCAUGCUUAUGCGAAAUGUACACCGAGCUAGCUCCUCUGAGAUACCCAUGGCCAGUAAAAUUCGUGACGGCUUGCUGCUGGACGUGUGACACGCCGAACCUACACUCGCACACAACACUUUUGUGUGAACGAGAAUGUCACGCGCAGAUACAAAGAUAGGUGUGUCGGUGUCUGGCUGAGGAGGCUGUCUGAGCGAGAAGUUGGAUGUGUUUGGCAAUCUCUCCACCGAUUUGUUCUUGCCAUUGAAUAUGACGUUGUGCUUACCUACAGACUGCUCCACCAGCAAUUCAAAUUUAUCUCUAUAUGCACGCAUGCGGAUACCCACACUCUCGACUGUUUCACCAUUUCUUUGACACGGAUUGGGCGUGCCUUUGUCAGAUCGUCGAUUUCCGCAUACAAUGCGUGCUGCUUCUCCAAGGCCCGCGAUCAUGGGCGUGUUCUCUGUGCCACUUCUAUAACCUCGCUCUUGUCCUCCGCCAAACAUCAUGUUACUUAAUGGGGCACCCGCGUCUUCCAGAUCGCGCACGCACAGUGCCCCAACUCUUGGUCCAUGGAACUUAUGUCCCACAAUUGUCAGAUAAUCCACGUCCAUAGCACGUAUGUCCACUGGGAUUUUGCCUAUAGUUUGUGCGGCGUCUGUGUGAAUGUAUAUUUUGCUCCCCCCCAACUCUGCUUUACGUUCUCGGACCCGCUUGCUUAUCUCUUGCACUUGUUGUACUACACCCGUUUCGUUAUUCGCGUGCAUAAUUGUGACAAGCACGGUGUUCACUUUGAUCGCCUUCGCGAAGUCUUCCGCAAAUACGGUACCUAAUGCUGACGUUCUGACCCUCGUCAGCUCAAUCGCCCCUCUCUCAGCGAGUACUUCACACAGCUGCAUCACACUGUCGUGUUCAAUAUUAGACAUGACCACGUGUGGCAGAGUGCCCGUAGGACCGCUCGACCCCUUGGCGAAACUAUCUACCGCAGAGUGCACAGCCAUGUUAUUCGCUUCCGUUCCCCCAGACACAAAGAUGACAUCACUUUGGUCACAGUUGACCAUGCGUGCGAUUGCUUCUCUCGCCUCAGAUAUAGUUUCCUUUGCAGCAACGCCAGACGCGUAGCUCGACGAGGGAUUUCCCCAGGCCGUAGUACACGCUUCUGAUAUCGCGUCAACCACAUGGCCAUCAACAGGUGUGGUGGCGUUCACGUCCAUAUAUAUCGUACUGUCAUCUCUAAUACAGCCCGCUCGCUUGCCCGAGAUCGAGGAUAUUUCUCUGUCUGCAACGGAUGGCGGAAUGAUCACCCAGGGAAUCAGAGAUGCAGACACUUGCAGAAGGCUACGGGCUUCCGAGAUAGGGCGACCCUUAAUAAGACUGAUAAGCGCGCAAGUGAAGUUGCAUACGAUCAGAGUGGUAGCGGCCACGCACACGCACACCAGAAAGGUAAUGAUGGCUGCGUGCAACUGCCAAAUGCAUACCAUCAAACACACUGCCGUGCACACGGUAAUGGCUGGGUACGAUUGUAAUAAUACGAAGAUUUUCUCAUAAUCGGACAUGCUGUUUACAC